UAUUCGGCAAUCAGUUUUCGGUUAAACAAGAACAUGAAGACUUUCAUUCUUUUGGCACUUUGUGCUCUGACAGCUUCGGCCUAUGCUUUGGACGAGGCUGACCGCGUCAAUGGCGAGAACGGCUGGUAUGUUCCCCAGCUGGAUGGCACCUUCGAAUGGGUUGACAUGGAUGUCGCAGAGGAUUGGAUGGACAAGCAAGAAGCUUUGGAGUCGCGCGGUCUGACCACUGUGCCCGUCAAGUUCUACCUGUACACUUCCUCCAACCCCACCAAGGGCAAGAAGAUCACCGCCACCAAGAAGUCCGUUGAUGCCUCUAACUUCAACGCCGCCCACCCCACCCGUUUCGUCAUCCACGGCUGGACCCAGAGCUACGUCGCUGGCAUGAACAAGAACAUCCGCGCCGCCUGGCUGGGACAUGGAGACUACAACGUCAUCGUCGUUGACUGGGCCCGUGCACGUUCCGUGGACUACGCCACCUCUGUCAUGGCUGUCUCUGCCACCGGCAAGAAGGUCGCCAAGAUGAUCAACUUCCUGCGCUCCGACUACGGCAUGUCCAUGGAUGACCUCUACGUCAUUGGCCACAGCCUGGGCGCCCACGUCGCUGGCUAUGCUGGCAAGAACACCGACGAGAAGGUGCACACCAUCAUCGGUCUGGACCCCGCACUUCCCCUCUUCAACUACAACAAGCCCAGCAAGCGUUUGAACAGCGAAGAUGCUCACUAUGUGGAGUCCAUCCAGACCAACGGUGGCACCCUCGGCUUCCUGAAACCCAUCGGCAAGGGAGCUUUCUACCCCAACGGAGGCAAGACCCAGCCCGGCUGCCCCCUGGACGUUACUGGCGCCUGCUCCCACGGCCGCUCCACCACCUACUACGCCGAGGCUGUCGCCGAGGAUAACUUCGGAACCAUCAAGUGCAACGACUACGAGGCAGCCGUCUCCAAGGAGUGCGGCAGCACCUACAGCAGCGUCCGCAUGGGAGCCGACACCAAUGCCUACAUGGUUUCCGGUGACUUCUAUGUGCCCGUGAACAGCAAGGCCCCCUUCGGCAUGAUUCACUAAACGAACCGAACAUGAAUAAAACCUUAAUUCAAUCCAA